GCACGCGCGCGUAUGUGCGCGCGCACGGGCCGGUCCGUCUCUACGCCGUAAUGAGACAUACAGUAUAACUGUGCGGAGCAGGCUCGCGGUCACACAGCUGGAGCCUCUGCAAUGAAGUGAGGCAGGCAGUCUUUAGAAAAGUGUGUCCGCACAUGGACCGCGAACAUGGAGAACUGUGAGAAAAGGCUACAAGGCGGCGCUGGGUCUCCCUCGGUUUGAGUUCAGCGGUGACAUUAAGUGUGAGGCUGUGGACUUACAGAAAGAUUGAGCAUCUCACAGCAACGGGGUGUCUGCAUAACAAUGCCCCUGAAGCCCUCCAGUUCAAGCCCUUCUCUACACUCCUCCCUUCCAAAACCCUUCUCUGAUUCAAACAUGGAAUCCUCUGAAGAAAAAACUGCAGCCCAGGACAGAUGUCUUGACACCAGGUGCAACCCCGGUCGCUCUGAUCUCAGUGGACUAUACCACCUGGGUCGGACGUUGGGCAGGGGCCACUUUGCGGUGGUUAAACUGGCUCGUCAUGUCAACACUGGACAACUGGUGGCUGUCAAGAUGAUUGACAAGACAAAACUUGAUGUUAUGGCAACAAGCCACCUCUUACAGGAAGUGAGGUGUAUGAGGCUGGUGCAGCAUCCCAACGUGGUUCACCUCUAUGAGGUCGUCAACACACCCACCACCCUCUACCUGAUCAUGGAGUUAGCUGAGGGUGGUGACCUCUACGACUACAUCCUCCGCCAUGAGGGAGGCGUGGCUGAGGACACUGCCAAGCGUCAUUUUGCCCAGAUAGUGCGCGCUGUGGCGUACUGCCACCAGCUUCACGUGGUGCACCGGGACCUGAAGCCAGAGAAUGUAGUGUUCUUUCCUCAGCAGGGGGUGGUCAAGCUAACCGAUUUUGGCUUCAGCAACCUAUUCAAACCUGGGACAAUGCUGGCCACUAGCUGUGGGUCGCUGGCAUAUUCCGCUCCAGAGAUUCUGCUGGGAGAAGAGUAUGAUGCUCCAGCUGUUGAUAUCUGGUCCCUGGGGGUGAUCCUGUACAUGUUGAUGUGUGGAGUCCCUCCCUUCCAGGAAGCCAAUGACAGCGAGACUCUUGUCAUGAUUCUGGACUGUCGCUACUCCAUCCCUGAACAUGUUUCAGACAAUUGUAGAGAUCUGAUCUCCAAGAUGCUCCAGAAAGACCCAUCUCACCGUGCCUCACUGGAGGAGAUUGCGGCUCACAACUGGCUGCAGGGGUUGGAUAACGCCUUGCUCAGCCCAGAGGCCCCACCACCCUGGCUCUUAGGAGCCCUGUCUCCCAGCUCUUCCCGCUUUGGAGUUCCAGAGUGUGGGGACCUGCUUGCUGCGAGGCCCCCUCUUCAGCAGGCUUUCCCUGGGCCUUGGCAGCCCAGUCUCAGCUUCACCCUCCGUCCACCUCCAGCUGAGGAGCCUCCAGUUACCAAGAAUCUGCCUGUGCUCCAGCAGAUCUGUGAGGAGGAAGAAGAAGAAGAGGAGGAGGAAGAAGAGGAAAAUGAGGAGGAUAAAGGCAGUUUGGUAAAAGAGGGAGAAGGUUUGUUAGUCAUUGAACCACAAAAAGAAGUAGAGGAGAAGCUUGAUGUAGCAGAUGACCGAGAGUUCAGAGAAGAGGAGAUAAUGGAAGAGGAAGGGGAGGUAGUGGAGAACAAAGUGGAGAGAGGGAUGGAAAUUAAUGAAGAAGACCAUGUUGGUGUGAUUUUAGACCAACCAGUGAGUCAUAAAGACAAGCUGGUCAGUCAGACUACUGAAGUUCCACCAUCAUCUCUGCCUGGUUUGAUGGUCCCAUGCUGUCAGGUGCAGCCAGACCUCACAACGGCUGAGGAAGGAAGGGACGAGGAGACAGAACCCAACAACAACACCAACAAACCUCUUCCCUCCAUCCCUCCAUCCACUGCCAGACUCAGCCUGAACAGUAAGGAGCUGCCAAAUACUAAAAGAGAAGAGCAAGAGGAGGGGGGAAGAGAUGACCUCUUGACAGACAGAUCUCAACCCCACAAUGCACUGGGGACCCGGGUUGAGGCUGCUCCCAGGGUGGACCAGGGAAAACGACAUGGCGUAAAGCUACGUGAGAGACUCUUUCAGUUCCCUAUAUGUGAGAAAGCUCUGGCCUUCAACAUACCGACACACAAUAAGCCCAAGAUCCUCCCACUGGCUCAGUACAACUGCUGCCAUGUGCUAUAAGUGAAAGCUGCCUGGGUGCUGUCUGUGAUGCGCUGCUCAUUCACUUGUGACAUGCAGGCUGUUUAGCAGGCAGCAGGUGGCUGAUCGCCGAGCUCCCUGCUGAGCCUUUCUGCUGCACUGGCCUCGAGGUGCAAGAGCAGAGGCCCUCAGCCUCCAAACACCAAGUGUACAGGAUGGGACAUGUACAGCUUCAUACAGACACUUGAUUCAUAGCAUUGUGCUUUUGUAGUCAGCAUUGUAUUACACUAGAGGAGGUGUACAGCCCAGUAGUAAGACGUACCGUCGUAGAACCUCAUCCGUUUGCUGCUGUGUUACAAGAGCAACCAUAGAAUUACAAUGACACACUAGACUGUAUCUAAUCUGUAGCUUAGAGACAAUACUGAAACCAUGUAUAUGGACAACACUGAAGAGAGGAGACAACAAGAGAUGUUGGAAUGUCUGCAACAGUUUUUACUGAAUAAGCUAUGGGUUUUUUUGUUGCUGUUGUCUGCUCAAAAGGUGCCUACAAUGAUAAAAAGGGUUUCACACUGUACAUGGCCACAGUGUCAUUUUGGUUCUGACUGUAAAAAAAUAAUCUCUAAACAUCAGAAUGUUCUAGCAUGUGCACUCAGUAGAGCUAUGACUUCAUAUUUUAUAAUACAAUGCUCAAAAAAUUAAGGGAACACUAAAUCACAUAUUGGAUUUUGAUUAGUGAUUACUGCAAGCUGAAAACCUUUACUAAUCUACAUUGUAUAAUUUGUUCAGAACAAAAUUACUUAAGGGCAGCAUGG